AUGGGUUUAAGGGAUGGCAGACGACGAGUUCCCCCUCGAGGGGAGUCUACGCGAGUUAAUAGAAACCCCUUCUUUGAAAUGGAUCUUCGUUGGGGGAAAGGGCGGCGUUGGGAAGACAACAACAAGCUGCGCCAUUGCAACCAAGUGCUGCUGCUAUCGACGGACCCCGCUCAUAACCUCAGCGACGCCUUAACCCAAAAAUUUAGCAGCACUCCUUCUCUAGUCAAUGGUUAUAAAAACCUCUAUGCUAUGGAGAUAGACUCAAGAGCUGAAGAGACAGCAGGGUUUAAAUCUGCUGGAGAUAAAGACACGAAGGACUUAAUGCAGUUCCUACCGGAGCUAAUUAAUGCCGUCCCAGGCAUUGAUGAAGCCCUCUCCUUCGCUGAGCUCAUGCAGUCGGUGCAGACGAUGCGUUAUUCAACAAUAGUUUUUGAUACAGCGCCUACAGGACAUACGCUGAGGUUAUUAGGGUUCCCAGCUGUUAUUGAGAAGGGUUUAAAGAAGAUAGGAGACAUAAGCGAGGGUUUUGCUGCUGCUCUUGAUAUCUUCUCGUCUCUCUCUUCAGGACAACAUGCUAACCCUCAAGAGACACACACAACCUUCGUCUGCGUCUGCAUCCCUGAGUUUCUGUCUUUGUUUGAAACUGAACGGCUAAUUCAGCAGCUCGCAAAACAAAAAAUAGAUUGCAGCAAUAUUGUUGUUAAUCAGGUCUUAAUGCCUAUAGGUCUUAAUGCCUGGAAUUGCGACGAGGAGGGCUAUCCGUGUGUCUCUCCAUCUCUAGCAGCAGCACUUGAGCAGCAGCAAUCACAGCCUCUAUCUACGAAGCUGCUGCUGCAGCCAGCAGCAGCAAGAAGACCUGAAGAGACAUCCGAAGAGGAAGCAGCAAGGCUGCGCGAGUUCGUGCUGCAGCUGCAGCAUCGACUUGUGUAG